CUCUGUUUUAUUUGCGAAUCUCCAGCUUAUUGUUUUCUCUCUCUCUCUCCAUCAGCCGAGCGUGGAUCUGACUCGUCCUCCUCUGCGCAUUUUCUCGCUCCUCUCCCUCUUCUCCUUGUUGCACAUAGAUGCGUUCGGCGUCGCCUGCUUCCACCGGUGACCCAUGUCUGCGUGCAGCUCGCCUCCCUGCGCUCUCAAUAGAUGGUGCAAGUCAAAAUGUCCAAAUCGCCCGUAGACCCUCUGUCUGCCAUGGAGACCAGCGGCUCCCAGUCGCACUACUUCCAGCUGCCCAGGAAGUUGCCUAAACGCAAGAGUCGCUUCAAACGCUCAGAUGGCAGCACGUCUUCCGACACCACAUCCAGCUUCAUCAAACGACAGGGGUCGGCUGAUUCCUACACCAGUAGACCGUCGGAUUCAGACCUGUCAGCAGAGGAGGACCGCGAGGCGUAUCGGCGUGAAGCCGAGCGCCAGGCACAGCAGCAGCUCGACAGAGCUAAGUCCAAACCUGUAGCGUUUGCAGUAAAGACCAACGUGGGUUACUGUGGAGCUCUGGAUGAGGACUGUCCCGUCCAAGGAGCUGCAGUCAAUUUUGAUGCCAAAGACUUCCUGCACAUCAAAGAAAAGUACAAUAAUGACUGGUGGAUCGGUCGGCUCGUCAAGGAGGGAGCGGACAUCACCUUCAUCCCCAGUCCUCUACGACUGGAGGCCAUGAGGCUGAAGCACGAGCAGAGACAGAGGAAAACUGGAGGAAAUUCCUCCAGUUUAGGAGACAUGGUGACUGGGAGCUGGAGGACCACACCGCCAUCUGCAGGUGAAUCCAAACAGAAGCAAAAACAGGAACACGUCCCUCCCUACGACGUGGUGCCCUCUAUGAGGCCGGUGGUCCUCGUGGGACCAUCGCUGAAGGGCUAUGAGGUGACGGACAUGAUGCAGAAAGCCCUUUUUGACUUCCUGAAACACAGAUUCGAUGGAAGAAUCUCAAUCACCCGUGUAACUGCCGACCUGUCCUUAGCCAAGAGGUCCGUCCUUAACAAAAGACCCAUGAUGGAGAGAUCCAACACUCGCUCCAGCCUCGCCGAGGUUCAGAGUGAGAUCGAGAGGAUAUUCGAACUUGCCAAAACUCUGCAGCUGGUGGUGCUGGACGCCGACACCAUCAACCAUCCUGCGCAGCUCGCCAAAACCUCCCUCGCACCCAUCAUUGUCUACGUGAAAGUCUCCUCACCAAAGGUGCUCCAGAGGCUGAUCAAAUCCAGGGGAAAGUCUCAGAGCAAACACCUGAAUGUGCAGCUGAUGGCUUCAGACAAACUCUCUCAGUGUCCUCCGGAUAUGUUUGAUGUCAUUCUGGACGAGAACCAGCUGGAGGACGCCUGCGAGCACUUGGCUGAAUACCUGGAGAUCUACUGGCGCGCCACUCACCUGCCAGGAAACACGCCUCUCAAUCCCUUAUUGGAGCAGAGUCUGAUGACCCCGCCCUCUGCCAUCUCUAGCUUACAGAACCAGAACAAGAACCAGCCACAGCCCUGUGAGGCGGCCGGCCUGGCGGGUGAAGAGGAGGAAGAGGCGGGCGAGGAGGCCCUCUCCCCCCUGGAGCAGGACAGUCUCAUGCCAUCCGACGAGGCCAGCGACUCCCUGUCCCGCGGCCGCAGGGGGAGCCCAUGCCAAAGGGGGGUCGAGGAGGACGAGGAGGAGGAGGAAGAAGGGGAAGAGGAGGAGGAAGAGGAGGAGAAUGAGUUUGCCUCCCCCUGCCAUGCUCGCACAUACAGGGACAUGUACCCAGCUCAGCGCGGGCACACGGGCAGUGCUCACAGCGCCAACGGGCACGAGUCGCAGGACAGGCUGCUCCAGCGCGAAGCUCAGCAAGGUCACAACCAGAGGAACAACCGCCAGCGCAGCCGCCCCUGGCCCAGAGACACCUACUGAGGAGCCAGCAGGCCCCCCCACCCGCUCUCCUCAGCAUGGAGAUCACCCCAAGCCCUCCGCCGGUCCAAGAGCCCCAACACAACAUUUAACAAUUAGGAAAACAAAAAACAAAAACUUCCGUUAUAGAUUCCCAGUUUAUGAAGCGGUUCAGGUGUUUAGUCUUCACAUUUCUUCCAGACUCCCAGUUUUAAUUUACACCCGAGUAGAUGUCACGACCUCUCCAGGGUCGAGGCAUCCCCAGAAAAGUCAACAGGGCUACUCACCUCUGCAAGGGAAAGGUUUCAGGCUACCAGCCGAUACUCAAACUCAAACUUUAGCUGCUUUGCCUAAGGUUUCUCUAUUGUACGAUGUCUCAUAUACUGGCCUUAAAAUUCCUAAGACUUUUAACUAUCUUUACUAUUGCAUGAGUAUAAUUAUUUUAAGACUAUUUGCACACAACGUCAGAACAGGAACUGAAUGAAGCUAAUGUAGGAAUGUUCUACUGUUGAAUCAUUUUAUGAGGAUUAGUAAUGCAUUUGAUUCCAGUGUAUAUAUACUGAAUGGCCACCUGCUUUCGUUCCAUUGCUUCUUUAUCUAUCGGUUUGUUUGAUUCUGUUAAUAUUGACUUGUUUGCUGUUUUAAAAAAAGAAGAAAAAAAUGCAGCCAUCACUUUUACUCUGACGGCGGUAGAUGGCGUUCGGGAGACACACGUCACAGUUUGUCAUUCUGUCACAUUGUGUGAGAACGAAGCUGCGGCACAGUGUCUGUGUCACUCGCGGUACCAGUGCGGUCUGGGCAUCACUUGUCUUUGCUGUUGCACAAUCACUCUCUCAACACGGAGAAUGUAAACACAACCGAGAAAGGGAUUGUCGUCUUUUUCGCAGGAUGAAUUAUUUGCCGAAAACUUGCUUGUUUACAUUGAGUCGCCGACAUAUUCCAAGCACAGAUCCAGUUCAGAUCCAGUCUUCAGAGAAUGUAAGCUUGCACGCCUUCUUUGCACCUCCGACCCAAACCGAUCGUCCUGUAAUUCGAUUGUAGCACGUCAUUGAUUGUAGCAUCCACACAUAAAUCCCCCCCACCCCCCACCCCCCCUGAUUUCAGACAUUUGCAUCACAUUUUGUGUACUGCAGUUUUACUGCUGCCUUUUUUUUUUUUUACCAAGGCGGAUCCUCAGGUGUAAGUCCUACACGCCUCAUCGCUCAAGUUCAAGUUCACGCACAGAACGGGUAUCGUGCUCCCGGAGGACUCGUAGCACCCACGGCACAAGGUCAUUCCGUUCCUUCACCAUUUUUUAAGUCCACGAGCCGAUGACGAGUUCGGACGCGAACCUGUUUGUGUUCACAUACAGGGUCGAUACUGUGUUCCCAGUCUGCUUUCACUGGUUUACUGCUUCCAUGUCUCACAGGUAUCGCUAUCUCUAGUGUGCUGUAUAUUUUUGAAGAUUUAAAAAAAAAAAAAAAGGAAGAAAAGGAAAAAAAAAUCAGCAUGAUUUAGAAACAAAAAGAAGAAAAAAAUCUAUGCAAGUGUUGCAUGAAAAAUCUGAUUGUUUCUUUUUACAGUUAAGUAUUUUAGUAAAUGCAUUGAUUCUGAUUCUCCUCGUUGUCUCGUAGUGAUGGUCUUGUCUUUGGGGCUACUCACUCCUCACACCACUAACAACACGACUACUGAAAAUCUGAAUGCAUCCGUUUAUUUAUCCACAAAACUUUUUUUUUUCCCCAUGAUAUUGGGUGGACACUCUGUUUCACACCCUUUUAGAAGUCACUCACUAAAACUUGCCCCAGAUCAGGCCUGUGAUUUAAUUUAGUUUAAUUUGUCAUUAGGAUUAAAACAGGAAUGAGUGAAUUAUUAAAGCAAGUCUCAGUUCACCGAUUAGUUCUUUUCACUAUCGUUUGGCAGAGUAGGUUUUUUCAAAGCGGACCAAUUUAGCAACUGGAAAAUAAGCAGUUGAGGAUUUUCAAUUUUACGAAGCACAAUUUUUACAAGGGUUAUUAUUUUGUUUCCUCUGUCUUAUUCUGUAUGCAAUACGAAGCCGAACAUUGAGAAACUUUAAACGCCUUAGACCAUCUGGACUUCCUCUUUUGUGUGAGUAGAGAAAAACAACAACAAAAAAAAGAAUUGCACUACUUUUCUUUGGGGAUGGUUGCUUUGUGAUGCAAUAACUGCACUAAGUAUAACGAUGUAUCCACCAGACUAACACAGCGUGCUAGCGUGGCCCAACACGCCUCUUCCCUCUAUUUAUCAGAAGAGACAGCAGAUGUGUAAAAAGUGAGACAUUUCCUGCCUGAUGCUGUAUAGAAUGCUUUCUAUUUGAAAAUAGAUUUACAACAAUGAGUAAAAAAUAUGACUUCAACAAAAUAAACAUGACAUUUUAUGUACUUUUAACUGUUUGCGUCAUUUCUUGUGUCUCAACAAUCAACAAUCGGAUUGUCAUAGUGUAAAGUUUUGUCCCAAUGAUUUCCAGUUGACAGUUGUGCAAGUUCACACCUCUCAAGAACUAGUUCAAAGUUCAGUUCAUACAAGUAA